CGUGAAGGGCUCGUGUCAAGCCAUUACCUACCACGAUUCGCCCGAAAAUCAAGGCAGGCCAAAGUACGGCAGAUUGGCUACAGUGUAGACAAAGACCCGGUCACAUCAAUGGUCACUUUUCACUACAACGUGGUGUGGACCGAUUCUGAUGACAGUCUUGCACGACGAUACGAACUUCUGAAGACGAGCUUAAGGAAGGUAUCGAAGGCGAGGAGAAGUGAACAAUACAACCGGCUUGUCGAACAUCUUGUCGAUGGCGCUAGGAAAGCAGAGAGUCUACAAGUAGCAAAGAGACGACUCUCUUCGAGAACUCUCGAGCUGAUACGCCAGCGUGGAAUCGCGCGAGCUGCAGGCAAUUAUCAACAAACGUCCGAACUUGCGAAGCUAUGCAGAGAAGCGAUAAAGGAAGAUCUGAAAGAGAGAAGAGCAGCAGUUAUGGACGAAGCCAUCCAGGCCGGAAAGAGCGUUCGCAAAGCCCGACGGAGCUUCGCCAAUCACAAGACCAUGAUGAAUUCUCUUCGCCGUCCUGACGGAUCAGUUACUGACUCGAAGGACGGAGAAGGUGAAGUUGUGCUCCCACGACUCAUUCAAUGCAAUGGUGCAUGCGGUACUUGGGCUCCCGAAGACUACAUUGUCCAGUUCGGCCUUUGUGACCAUAACAUCUGCUUUAGAUGCUAUGAAAGUGAAGCAAGCAUUUCUCUCACAAAUGAUGGGUCCCGUGGAUGUUGUAACAAGGAGUGCGUCGAACGAGCUCGAGCAGAGUUAGCAAUGAAAACUCCACCAAUGGAAGACCGAGCUUACGCCGGUGCAGUGGGAGGAGGAAGUUACACGAUGUUCCCUGGUGCGAAGAAGCUGUCCGUAGAACGUAAAGGAAAAUUGAACACGGAAGAUCGGCGACGACAAAAAUUCGACAUGAAAUCGUGGAAUGAGAAAUUGGCCGAUAGCGAUGUAUCAUUUUUUGGCGACUACGACGAUGUACAGCUACAGAAAAUGGCCGAAACUAUGCGAUCAGCAGCCGAACAACAAGAUCGUCAAGUACGCUAA